UAUAUAUGCUGAAGUCCCAAAGGACAUUGAAGAAACCUGUAGUACGCAAUCCAUGGCUACCCUUUUUUCAACUCAUUCUUCCUCACAAAACAUCCUCAUUACGUUCACCAUAAUAUUCCUCGCAUCAUCUCUUCUGCCUUCCUAUUCUGCAAUCACUGAGACUGACCAACGCCGCCCAUUUAAGAAGAUCUACGCCUUCGGCGACUCCUUCACCGACACCGGCAACACCGAGUCCCUCUCCGGCCCCAAUGGCUUUGUCCGCGUUUCCAACCCACCUUACGGCACCACCUUCUUUCACCACCCCACCAACCGCUACUCCGAUGGCCGACUCGUCAUCGACUUCGUGGCUCAGUCACUGUCUCUGCCGUUCUUGCCGCCGUACCGUAACAGAAAAGCCAACAGAACUUACGGGGUUAACUUCGCGGUGGCUGGUUCGACGGCGAUAAACCAUGCUUUCUUUGUUAAGAACAACCUUUCGCUUGAUAUCACUCCCGAGUCGAUUCAAACACAAAUGAUGUGGUUUGACAAGUAUUUGGAGAGUGAAGGUUGUAAAGAUCCAGAAUCGGAUCAGUGCAAAGAAGCGUUUGAUGAUGCUCUGUUUUGGGUUGGUGAAAUUGGCGUCAAUGAUUAUGCAUAUACUAUUGGAUCAACUGUGUCAGGCGACACCAUUCGAAAGCUUGCCAUAAAUACUUUUACUGAGUUUUUACAGGGAUUGCUGAAGAAAGGUGCAAAAUACGUGGUCGUUGAAGCACUGCCGACGACAGGUUGUUUACCGUUGGCGAUGACAUUGGCUCCUUCAGACGACAGAGAUGACAUAGGGUGCGUGAAAAGCGUGAACAACCAAAGCAACGCCCAUAACCUCGUCCUCCAAUCCAAGGUGUCGGAUCUCAGACAACAGUUUCCCCAAGCCAUCAUUGUUUACGCUGAUUACUGGAAUGCUUAUCGCACGGUGAUGCAAAGCCCAGAAAAAUACGGAUUCAAAGAGAGCCUCAAAGCAUGUUGCGGAACAGGGGAGCCGUACAACUUCGAGGUUUUCAAUACGUGCGGGAAUCCUUCGGUCACCGCCUGUUCCAACCCUGCCCAAUAUAUCAACUGGGAUGGUGUCCAUCUCACCGAAGCCAUGUAUAAGGUUGUCGCCGACAUGUUUAUCGAUGGGAAUCUCUGUAACCCGCCGUUCAAAACUUUGCUGGAAAGGAAGCUGCGGCAGCCAUGAAUAUGGGAUCUUAAAUUCUUUGUGUGUUCUGAAUUGGUUUAUGUACUUGAGAGAUAUCACUUGUUGUGUCGUUUCGGUUGUGGAAUAGAUAGAUGUAUUUCAAUGGUUGAAUGAAAACUUUGAUUCCACUUGAUGUUUGUUUAUCAAA